GCUGUCAGUCAGUGGAGAAGCGGAAGCAGCGAAAAAUGUUUUUGUAGCGAAGGGAUUAUCAUUUCUGUACAUAUGUAGCCUGAUUGUUAUUUAUAUAUGCCUACUUCUAUUAAUCCCAGUUAUCUAUGAACAUUAAAAUCCAGCGUUUUAGUUGAGUUCGUAAGCUUUUCAACGGUUAGGUGAAGCGAGGCGACAGUUGUAGUAAUGUCGACUAAAAUUAACUCAAGUAAAAGCAAAGAUAACGCAGAAGUGAUCAAAAACUACCACAAGCAAGCGUUUGAGUACAUCUCCAAGGCCUUAAGGAUCGACGAAGAGGACACUGGGGAGAAAGAGGAGGCAGUCCAGUGGUACAAAAGAGGGAUUUCUGAGCUUGAAAGGGGCAUUGCAGUGGAAAUCAAUGCACAAGGGGAACAAUAUGAGAGAGCCAAAAGACUACAAGAUAAAAUGAUCAAUAAUCUCACUAUGGCAAAAGAAAGACUGGUCCUAUUAGAGACAACAUUGGCUUCCAAACAGAGGAGUGAUUCUCAAAGGACUUCAGCUUCUUUCUUUUCAACUCAACCAAAACCUGCUCCCAAGAGUCAGCCUGCUCCCCGCUCAACACUAUCUAAUAUCAGACCCUCAACUACCGUGCGACCCACAUCCAGAACCAAUGAUUUCAAGGUAACCCCCACCACUGCAAAAUCAAAUGGAAGAACAGCAGCAAUGAAGCCACCAGUAAAGAGGGAUAUGAAAAUCUUCAAGAAUGUCGACAGCAAACUCGCAAAUCUGAUCCUUAAUGAAAUCAUUGACAGUGGUGCUGCUGUAUCAUUUGAAGACAUUGCAGGACAAGAGCUGGCAAAACAAGCACUCCAAGAGAUUGUUAUUCUUCCUGCCUUAAGACCAGAGCUCUUUACUGGGCUGAGAGCACCAGCACGGGGAUUGCUUUUAUUUGGGCCACCUGGAAAUGGCAAAACUAUGUUGGCCAAAGCUGUUGCUGCUGAGUCAAAUGCAACUUUCUUCAACAUCAGUGCUGCUAGUUUGACCUCUAAAUAUGUUGGUGAGGGGGAGAAGUUAGUUCGAGCCUUGUUUGCUGUCGCCAGGGAGUUACAACCCUCAGUCAUCUUUAUAGAUGAAGUUGACAGUUUGCUGUGUCAGAGGAAAGAGGGGGAACACGAUGCCAUGCGUCGACUGAAAACAGAGUUCCUUGUUGAGUUUGACGGGGUGCAGUCAGGAGGAGACGACCGAGUGCUUGUUAUGGGAGCGACUAACAGGCCCCAGGAGCUCGAUGAAGCUGUGCUGAGGCGUUUUGCAAAAAGAGUAUACGUGACUUUGCCAGAUGAAGAGACACGGGCCCUGUUGCUUCAAAAUCUGUUGUCUAAGCAUGGGAACCCUUUGACUAAGAGUGAGCUUUCCUAUUUAGCCAAGAAGACCCAAGGGUAUUCAGGGAGUGAUUUGACGUCAUUAGCCAAAGAUGCUGCACUCGGACCAAUUAGGGAGUUGGGGCCACAGCAAGUCAGAAAUAUGGCUGCGAGUGAGAUGCGUAACAUUAAGAUGAAAGACUUUGAUGAUUCGCUGAAGCGCAUAAAACCCAGUGUUAGUCCCUCGACCCUCAACCUGUACUCCAAAUGGAACCAGGAUUAUGGUGACACAACAGCCUUUUGAUCUAAGACAUGUUUCAUUUCAAAAGAGAGACUAAAUUUUCUUCUCCCUCCACACUGGUGCAAACUGUAAAACUGUACAUAUAAUAUAAGGGAGGAUAAGCCUCUUUUGCACUUCAAAAAUAGAUUAAUUCCUUGCAGUUACUUCCUGUUUUAUGGGAAGACUUUACUUACUGCAUUUUAUGAGUUUCUUGACUGUAAUAAAACUAACAAAUAUGUAUUGUUUUCAAGGUUGUCUGAAGACAGACAUGUUUAGAUUUUUUCUAACUGCCUCAAGAGGGCAGUGUUUCUCUGUGAAUACUGGCUUGAUCAUAGUUUAAACAUACAUUACACAUACACUGUACACUGAUUGCUUGUCUGAUGUAUUAAAACUGAUGGUGCAGACCGUUAAGUGCUCCCAGUAGAAGAGUUGCUUGAUGUGUAUUUGCAUUUUGCAAAUGGUGAGCUCUGAUGAGAACGUUUUACAUUUGCACUUAGUUUGUAGGCAUACUUUGACUUGAAAGUUGCUGAUUUUGUGGCCUGGUUUCUUUUCCGUGAUGGAUAUACUAUGCAGGACAAUUACAGAAAAUUAGCGCAGUCUUACACUCGGUAAAACAUGCUAAAAAAUAACAUUGUAAAUGUCUUUAUAACAUAGGUAAUCACAAUAAUUAUGAUAAUGAUAAUCAUCCCAUUCUAUUUAGAGUUUCCAGUUUGUUCUCUAGUGCUAUGGCCAACAAAAAUACAGUAAAUCUAUAAAGGCCUGAACUUGCUUUAUUUCAUUUUUUUAUUCACUGUCAUGAAAAUCCUGCAUAUUAUGUCUUAAGUGACUUGGACACUUGUUUUAAUUAAUUCAUGUGUAAUGCUUCUUCAUGUGCUACAAUAAAUAGAAAGAAUGU